AUGGAUCAGGUCCCGCCCGUUACACGUGGCCGGCAGGUGCGGUCACUGCCGCUGCCCCAUCGCUGCAACAACCCUCGGAACCCUGCGUGCGCGCACUGCGGGACGGUCAUCAUCCCCUCACCUGCCGCGAUCAUGCCCCUAGAGGACACACCCUCGAUCUCUGUGGGUUCUUGGACCAUUGAGUCCCGGAAGAGGCCCAUCCUGGAUACGCCCGCGCUGUCGCAGUGGGAGUCGGAGCACCUUCCUGGGCUCGGGGCACUUCCUGAGAUGAUCUUUGGAGGGAACUACGUGCGGAUACGGUGCGACUUGGACGAGUCGAAGCACUGGGACAUCGAGUUCAACGCGUUGGAUGCCUUGCGCGAGGUCCCCACGGAGGAUUCCGGCGUGAGAGUCUCCUGCGCGAGCGAUUGGCUUCGAAGCAAGCACCGUCGUUGCGAUGGUGCUCCCCCGCAGAUCGCUAAACAGUACGACUGGACGUACACUACACGGUACAGAGGCACGGUCACUGGGUGCCCUCUAGUCGCUGAUACCACUGCUGAGUUGCCGCUCGCGAUGCUCGCGAAGCCGGACCCGAUACUGUUCUUCGAUGACAUGGUCCUGUACGAGGACGAACUGGGGGACAACGGCGCAUCGAUGUACUCCUGCAAAGUGAGAGUGAUGCCCGAGCGGUUACUCUUGCUUGCGAGGUUCUUCCUGCGUGUCGAUGACGUGCUGCUCCGGGUGCAAGACACGCGGCUGUACGUCGAGUUUGCGCAGAACCGUGUCGUCCGCGAGUGGAAGCGGUACGAGGCAGACUACAAUGAGGUGUUCAAACGGCACCGCGGCGGGGUCCCCCCGCACAGGGACCUCCGUGCGCUGCUUAGGGACAGCAAUUGGGUCGUUGACCACCUGCCCAUUGUGGAACGCACCUGCGAGACUAUCCAGCUGUGA